AUGGCAUCAGCUUCAACACGAAAACAGUGCGCAUAUGAUGGUGGCUGUAAACAAGUUGGUGUUGCCUACUGCGAAGGUUGUACCCGAUCAUUCUGUGGUAUACACUUUAAUGAUCAUCGUCGUCUAUUGAAUGAAGAAUUAAAUUUUAUUUUCAGUGGUUGUAAUGAGAUCAAGGACGUAUUAAAUCAAGAAAAAGCAACAUGCGACUCUCAUCCAUUAAUGAAACAAAUUGAUGAUUGGGAAAAACAGUCCAUUGGAAAUAUCCAACAACGAGCAAAAGAAUUACGGCAGCAAAUAAUUCUCUUAGCAACGGAUCAUAGAAAUGAAUUGUCACAACGACUUCAACAACUAUCCGAACAAUCGAAUGAUGCUCUUGAACAUGAUAGUUUUAGCGAAACAGAUCUACGUCAAUGGAAGAAGAUUAUCGAGGAUUUAAAAGCAAAUCUUACUUCACAUGCUACAGUUGGUAUUAAUCAACAUGAUUACUUUCCUGGAUUGAAAAAUAUUUCUCUUGUAAUGACAAUGUCAAAAGAGUUGUUUGAUCGAGUAUCAGACAAUACAAUUCAAAUUGAACAAAAUGGACAAGUAGCAACUUGUGACUCGUCAGUAAAUCAUAGAGAGAUACGUGGUAGAAAUAGAUACUCUUCAGGAGUUCAUAAAAUUCGUCUAUACAUAGAACAAGCAGAACAAUUUUGGAUGUUUUUGGGAAUAACUUCGGAACCCACACCAUUACGACAUUUAUUCUGUAGUGCUCCGUGCACUUACGGUUGGUCCAAUGACAACAAUAUUUGGACAAAUGGACAAAAAUGUCGUAAUAGUUCGAAUAAUAUUAUUGAAAUGAAAAAGAACGAUAUCGUAAGUUUAAUUCUCGAUUGCAACAAUCGAACAAUGGUGAUGAUUAAUGAACGUACAAAUAGAAAAUAUGAAUUAUCUGUCAAUACUGCCAAUUGUCCAUUUCCGUGGCAACUUUAUCUUAAUCUAAAUGAAGCGAAUAGUUGUGUGCGUAUUUUACCUACUUAG